AUGUUGGGAACGAAGCUAAAGUUCUUAUUUAAAGGAGACAAUAACAUAAUAAGAUGCUCUGAACACGAUUAUCUCAUUUAUACACAUUGGUUUCGAGCAGUUAAACAAAAUAUAUCAUGUCCAAAUCAAGCUAACUUAUUUGACACGAAUUUUCCAAAUGUAUUUACGAGUAUUGUUGAUAGACAAUGUAAUUCCGAAAAGACUGCCUAUAAAAUGAAAAUUUAUGUCAAUACCUCAACAGAAGACCAAGUUUCAACGAAUGGCUUAUGUUCCGAUGGAGUCUCCACAAUAGAGAACCAUAAUCUGUCUUUUUUACAGGGCACUUAUCAGUUUGAAACUGUUAACUAUAAAUUCAAAGCGACUUGUGGUCCGUUUGGUGCAGAAAUCAACUUUGAAGAAGAGCCUCUGGAUAACGUUCAACCUGACUUCGAUUUGUUUUAUAUAUAUUUUAAAACUCAACCUACGGCUUGUCGUUUAAAGUUUUAUGCACCGAACGCAACAAGAGAGAACUACUGCCAGAUUAAAUGGCGUGGUGAAACACGCAUGACCUGUUAUUAUGAUCCCGCAGUAACCACCUUAGAUGGACCAAUUGAUUGGAACAAAAUGGAUGCUUUUAUCACGGGAAACUCUAUUGCGCCUAAGAAAUGGCUAGAUCGUGGUGGAUAUUACUAUCACAAAACAUCAACAAACGACAUCACCACACUGAGCAUGAGUACAACCACCACCAGUACGUCCACUACUACUAGAAUAACAACAGCAACUACAUCUACUACUAGUACAACUACGAUCACUAUAACUACUACGUCUUCUACUAGCACAACUACUACCACUACAUCUGCUAGUACAACUUCAUCCACUACUAGUGCAACCACAACGACUACAUCUACCACUAGUACAACUAUUACAACUUCCACUACUAGAACAACAACAACAACAACAACUACGUCUUCUACUAUUACAACUACAUCCACUACUAGUACAACCACAACAGUGACGAAAUCAGCUCUUACCAGUAUUGAGACAAUUACUACUAUUAUUUUCCCAACCAGAACAACCAGUACUACAACUACAACUACAACUAAUACAUCUACAACUACAAAUUCAACUAAUACAACUACAACUACUAUUACUACAAUUGCUAUCAAGUCUACAUUAAAGCAGCUACAUCCAAAACAACCAAACAAGACUCUAUCGUCGAACAAGACAAACAAAAAGAAUUCGUCAGCAAUCGUUCAACAAAGAAACAAAUCGAAAAAGAAGAACUCGUGGUCUUUAUCUAGCUAUGUCCCAGUUUUGUUAAUCGUUAUUGUUGUAGUUGUUUUUUUAUUUGCGAGCUUUUAUUUCUAUCGCUCUAAAUUACAAAAGUCUAACGAAGAUCAAUCGAUAUUGCCAAAAAACAAUAGCGAUGAAUCGUAUGUGUCGAAGACUCCUGACUUCAAAUCGGAGCUAGCUGAUCAAGAAGACGAAGAAGAGCAGUCUGCGUAUGAAAUAAGUCCACAUCCUACAUCAGGACGUACGGUCAGUCAAUUCGAUCCGGAUCUAUUGUAA